AUGGCUCUACCCAUAAGUCCCAUGGAUGAACCCAGGAUGUACCAGCAGACGCUGCUCCAGGACGGCCUGUAUGACCUGCUGGAGAACGACAAGCUGGUCGACUGUACGCUGAAGAUCAAAGACAAGGAGUUUCCCUGCCACCGGCUGGUCCUGUGCGCCUGCAGCUCCUACUUUCGCUCCAUCUUCCUGUCUGAUUUGGACGAGAGCAAAAAACGAGAAAUCACCUUGGAGGAUGUGGAACCAGGUGUGAUGGGGCUGAUCCUGAAGUACCUGUACACCUCUAAGAUUAACGUAACAGAGCAGAACGUUCAGGACAUCUUUGCCGUGGCUAAUAUAUACCAGAUCCCUUCAAUUUUCACUGUGUGUGUGUCUUUCCUACAAAAGCGCCUGAGCUUAAGCAACUGUCUGGCUGUCUUCAGGCUGGGUUUGAUGCUGGACUGUCCCAGGUUGGCCAUCUCUGCACGAAACUACGCCUGCGAGCGCUUCCAGCUCAUCUCCAGAGACGAGGACUUUCUGCAGCUGCUCCCCAGCGAGCUUGCGGCAAUUUUAACAAACGACAACCUGAAUGUUGAGACAGAGGAGGCGGUGUUUGAAGCGCUGAUGAAUUGGGUGUCCCGGGAGGCUGACAGCAGAGAGAAAGAGCUGCCAGGUUUGCUUGAUUGUGUGCGGUUGCGUUUGGUCAGUGAGGAUUUCCUGAAGGAGAAAGUCGAGAGAAACAAAUUCCUCUCUUCAAACCCAGAGCUGCAGCAGAAAGUCCAGAUGGUUAAAGAUGCACACGCAGGGAAACUUCCAGAGGUUAAAAGAAGCAAGGCUAAAACAGAGGAUGGAGCAGAGAAAGAUGGAGAGACUGAGGAAAAAGAGGAGGAAGAAAAAGAAGGUCUCCUCCCAGGCAUCCUGAAUGAUAACCUGAGGUUCGGCAUGUUUGUCAGGAACUUGAUUCUGAUGGUGAAUGAAACGGGCGCUGUGGCCUACGAUCCAACAGGCAACGACUGCUUUGUAGCAUCCAUUUCCACACAGAUCCCAAAGAACCACACCAGCCUGGUGACCAAGGAGAACCAGAUCUUUGUGGCAGGAGGACUAUUCUAUGAUGAGCAGAACAAAGAGGACCCAAUGUGCUCCUAUUUCCUGCAGUAUGACCCGGUCAGUGCUGAUUGGCUGGGGAUGCCUCCUCUCCCCUCUCCCCGCUUCCUGUUCGGUCUUGGCGAGGCCGAGAACUCCAUCUUUGUGUUUGGCGGGAAGGAGCUGAAGGAGCAGGAGCGCACGCUGGACUCUGUUCUGGUCUACGACAGACAAUCUUUCAAAUGGGGGGAAUCAGACCCGGUCCCAUGGCCAGUCUACGGUCAUCAAACGGUAUCACACAAUGAUGUUGUUUAUGUGAUUGGAGGAAAAGGAGAUGACAAGAGCUGUCUGAAGAAGGUGUGUGCAUACGAUGCUCUGAGGUUUGAAUGGAAGGAGCUUGCACCCAUGAAGAUCGCACGCUCUUUAUUUGGAGCCACAAUUCAUAAGGACCGGAUAUACGUGGCAGGAGGAGUCACAGACAGCGGGCUGACGGACUCUGUAGAGGUUUAUGACAUCGCUACCAACAAGUGGUCAGACUGUGUAGCCUUCCUUCAGGAGCGUAGCUCUCUGAACCUGGUGUCUCUGGUGGGCUCGCUGUAUGCUGUGGGGGGAUUUGCUAUGAUGCCUUUAGAGGACAGCGAGGACAUCAUUCCCAAAGAGAUGAACGACAUCUGGAGGUUCGAUGAGGCAGAGCAAAAGUGGAACGGGGUCCUCAGAGAGAUCCAGUAUGCUUCAGGAGCCACCAUCCUGGGGGUCCGCCUCAACACGCUGCGUCUCACCAAGAUAUAAAACCCCUAAAACAGGACUUCACGGGAGAUGGACUCGAGAUCCCGUGAAGUCCUGUCUAAUAACUCUGUUUUACUGUUCACUGUCUCUCGAUUCAGGCAUGUGAAGUUUUUAUACGUGUGCUUUCCUGAUCUGAUUCUGCCUGAGAUAUAAAACUGUAAACGACCUGUAGCUCAGACACUUUUUGCACUGUAUGGAAUAAUCAUGAUAAAUAUUUAAUACCAAACGCUGUCUUGAUAUGAAUGAAACACGUGACAUCCCAACAAAACACAGAAGACAUGAGAUUGCAAUAAUAUAUCUAUACUGUUUAAUAUUGAAAUGAUUUCAUUACGCUCUGCUGUGUUACAGACAGUAAACACUA